AUGAAGCAACAACAACUCGUCGUUGCUCUCGCAGCCUUCCUCCUCGCCUCAACAGCUGCUCUCGUUCUCUCCACUCCCAUCACUCUCCGUUCAUUACGUAAACUCUCUCGUCCCAUCUACUCGAAUUGUUAUGGAUCCAAUUACGAUGGCGUUGGUGUCAAUGAGAAACAUCCAACGUGGGGAAUGACCAGUGAACCAUUAGUAAGAGUCUCUAAAGCUGCCUAUUUGGAUGGAGUGAAGGAGCCUCCAAGAUUGGCCACAAGUGCUCGUGUCAUUUCCAAUGCGUUCAAUAAGCAAGGACAAUGCGAUGAAAGUAAUGAUCAUGAUUUGUCGGCCAUGUUUUAUGCGUUUGGACAAUUUGUGGAUCAUGAUAUUAGUUUUGAAGGUACUGGUUUGAAAUUCACUGAAACUCUCAAUAUUGAAGUCCCUCCUGGUGAUGUCUGGACCACUCCCUUACCAUUCACUCGCGCCGUUUUUGCCUCCAAUAAGCCAACGUUCACUAACGAACCCGUUGGUCCCGUGAAUUUCGUUACCGGUUAUAUGGACUGUUCUCAAGUGUACGGUAGUGAUUUACAACGUGCACGUGAGUUGAGAGAAUUCAAUGGCGGUUUGUUGAGACAUCAAUUGGCUCAUGGACAAGAAUUCUUGCCAAAGACUCGAGUGGAUCCAACCACUGGAUUGUUCUAUCUUGGUGCAGGAAACAACACUGUCAUUGCUGGAGAUACCAGAGCCACUGAAGCUCUUCCAAUUUCCAUCAUGCAAACAUUGUGGUUGAGAGAACACAAUCGAGUGGCUCGUCUCGUUGCUCAACGUUUCGGAGUUGCUCAUUCCGAGGAGUUGUUGGCUCAGUCCGAAGUCGAUGAAUGGAUUUUCCAAACUGCUCGUUCAAUUGUUUGUGCUGAAAUUCAACACAUUACAUAUCAUGAAUACUUGCCAAGAUUGUUGGGUUCUCAAUCACCAAAUCCAUGUGAAAUGGAUUACGAUGAAGAUGUUCGAGUGACUGCCAACGUUGAAUUUUCCACUGCUGCCUAUCGUUUCGGACACAGCAUGGUCGGUUGCAGUAUUCACAAAUUCACAGCCAACGGUACUGAAGUUCCUCAAUUACCAUUCGAUUUGGCCUUCAACGCCUAUCCACUCUUAAUGGCUGGUCCAGAGGAAUAUGACAUGUUCUUGAGAGGUAUCAUCAAGCAUCACUCAUUCAACUUGGAUGAAAAAGUCGUCGAUGGUUUAAGACAAGUCAUUCGUGGAAGACUUGACUUACCAGCUCGUAACAUGCAACGUGGACGUGAUUUGGGUUUGCCAGAUUACAAUACCAUUCGUAAGGCUGUGGGUUUGCAACCUCAAAAUGCCACUCAAAUUACUGAUAAUGAAGAAUUGCAAAACAAAUUGAUUCAAUUCUUUGGUCCUAAUUUGGUGAAUUUGGAACCAUGGUUGGGAAUUUUGAUUGAAAAGAAGACCAAUGGAGGUGAUUCCUUGUUGGGUGAAUUGGGAACUUUGUUGAUUAAGGAUCAAUUUGCCAAGUAUGUGAAGGCAGAUAAGUGUUUCUAUAGCCAUAAUCCUCAACGAUGGGCUCGUGCUGAAUUGAAAUGGGAUAUUGAAAGAGUUACUUUGGCUGAUAUUAUUGCUGAAAAUACUGGAAUUCCAAAAAGUGAUAAGGCUAUGGGAACUUCUCCAUGGACUGCCAAGUAUGGUCCUUUGGUGUAA